GGCUGCAAUCACACACUGUAGACUGUCAAAAGAUGAAUGAUUGUACCAUCAUAUUGCCGGCGGAAAAGGACAAGUGGUUAACUUUCCGCAACGUAAACUACAAGGAGCGAGUACCCUUCAUCGUCUACGCUGACCUGGAAUGCGUACUGCGGAAGACACAACCUGAUACGGAGCCGAUGACAUAUGCCUAUCAACAACAUGAGGUAUUCAGCAUUGGAUACUACGUGCGAUGCUCGUAUGACGACGCGUUAUCCGUAUACCGGUUUUGUCGCGAUAAAGAUUGUAUCACAUGGUUCGCCAAACAACUCGAAGAAUUGGCACAUCGAGUUAAAUGUAUUUUAUCCGCUAAUGUUCCCAUGAAAACGUUAUCAAAAGAGCAAUUGGAGGCAUACCGUAGCGCGACACAGUGUCAUAUCUGUGAAAAACCGUUUGCGCCGGAUGAUACACGGGUGCGUGAUCAUUGCCAUCUGACCGGUCGUUACCGCGGUCCCGCGCAUUCUUCUUGCAACUUAAAUUAUCAAAAUGUAUCGUACAUACCGGUAGUCUUCCAUAAUUUAUCCGGAUACGAUUCGCAUUUUAUUAUUAAGGAAAUAGCGACAAUAUUUAAAGGAAAAAUUGACUUGUUACCCGUCACAAAAGAAAAGUACAUUUCAUUCACAAAGCGUGUUAUAAGUACCGCGGAUAAAUUAGACCCGCAAAAUCAUAUAAAGCUACGGUUUAUAGACUCCUACAAAUUUUUAAAUACUAGUCUUGAAAAAUUGGUAUCAUUUUUAGAUAAAGAAAAAUUAAAAAUUGUACGUUCAAAAUUUUCACACUUGUCCGAUGAGGAUUUCGAUUUACUGACACGAAAGGGUAUAUUUCCGUACGAGUACGUGGAUUGCGUGGAUAAGCUGCAGAACACAUGUUUACCACCGCGCGAAUCAUUUUUCAGUUCCCUGACCGAUAACACAGUAUCUGAAAGCGAUUACGCGCACGCCGUUAAUGUCUGGCAUCGGUUCUCCAUCCAAACUAUGGGUGAAUACAGCGAUUUGUAUUUAAAAACAGAUGUUCUAUUAUUAGCCGACGUUUUUGAAAAUUUCCGCGAUAAAUGUAUCGAAAGUUACGGUCUCGAUCCAGCGCAUUAUUACACUCUCCCCGGAUACACGUGGGAUGCGAUGUUAAAAUAUACUAAUAUCACUUUUGAAUUGCUUACUGACAUAGACAUGGUAAUGUUCAUCGAGCGCGGUAUACGCGGUGGCUUAAGUCAAUGUUCCGGCAGAUACGCGCAGGCUAAUAACAGAUACAUGCAAACGUAUGAUCCAUUGAAACCAUCGUCAUACCUUAUGUAUUUUGACGUUAAUAACUUGUACGGCUGGGCAAUGUGUCAACCGUUACCAUACACCGAAUUUCAAUGGAUCGAGGACGUUUCGAAUUUCAACGUAAACGCAAUCGCUUCGGAUUCACCCACAGGAUAUAUUCUUGAGGUCGAUCUCGAGUAUCCUCGAGACCUUCACGAUGCACACAGCGACCUACCCUUCUGCCCGACGCGCGAUAAACCACCCGGCAAGCGUGAAAAUAAACUUUUAGCAACCUUAUAUGAAAAGAAACGUUACGUCAUCCACUACCGAAACCUGCAGCAGUGCACGCGUCACGGUCUUCGUAUCGCAGAGAUACACCGCGUGUUAAAAUUCGCACAAUCUCCAUGGCUCUGCAAAUACAUAGAGUUAAACACGCAAUUCCGAAUCCGUGCAAAAAAUGAUUUUGAAAAAAAUUUGUAUAAAUUGAUGAAUAAUGCAGUAUUCGGAAAAACCAUGGAGAAUGUGCGUAAUCAUGUAGACGUUAAAUUAUUGACGAAAUGGAAGGGUCAGUAUGGUGUGGAGGCAAUGAUUGCGAAACCCAAUUUUCACAGUCGAAGUAUUUUUGCCGAAAAUUUAAUUGCUAUCGAACUCAAAAAACUUCAGGUGAAAUUCUACAAACCGAUCUACGUAGGCAUGUGUAUCUUAGAUAUUUCUAAAACGUGUCUAUAUGAAUUUCACCAUGAAUACAUGCUACCGCUGUACAAAAACAAAUGUAAAGUUAUGUACACCGACACCGACAGUCUCAUAUACCACGUCGAGUGUGAGGAUAUUUACAAGACAAUGAAACGCGAUAUCGCUAAGUUUGACACAAGCGAUUAUCCCGUCGACAACGCGUACGGUAUGCCUCUCGCGAAUAAGAAAGUGCCUGGUUUAAUGAAAGACGAGAACAAUGGUGCAAUAAUGACCGAGUUCGUUGGACUUAGGGCAAAGAUGUACGCAUUGAAGGUGGAUGGAAAGAACGAUACUAAAAAGGCGAAAGGUGUAAAAUGUAGUGUCGUGGCGCGUACUAUUACAUUUGAUGAUUACACACGCUGUUUAAGAGAUGAGAUCGAGAUGACGCGUCGCCAGUCAUGCAUAAGAUCUGUAUUACACGAUGUAUAUACAAUAUCCGAAACGAAAAUUGCUCUAAGUCCGUACGACGACAAAUAAUAUCUUAUACCUGAUUCGGUCGAGACAUUGCCGUGGGGGCAUUAUCGGAUACCUUU